UGAGGAUUUGAUAAUUCUCCCAAGUAUGGCAGAUUCUACUGAAGAAGAAGGGCCGAAGACAAGCGGUCCCAUUACGAACGCCUGGGAAAUGAAAGUUCCAGAAUUUAAACCGGAACACAACCCCCAUGGCCUGCUGGAAGAGAGCUGCUUUGCGACAUUAUUUCCACAGUACAGGGAACAGUAUUUGCGACAGGUGUGGCCCUUAGUUCAAAAAACUUUAGGCGAGUAUCAUAUCAAAGCAGAAUUGGACGUAAUCGAGGGCAGCAUGACAGUCCGAACCACAAGAAAAACUUGGGACCCCUACAUUAUCAUAAAAGCUAGGGAUAUGGUGAAGUUAAUGUCAAGAAGUGUUCCUUUCGAACAAGCAAAACGAGUGUUGGAAGACGAAAUCGGCUGUGAUAUAAUUAAAAUAGGCAAACUUACGAGAAACCGAGAAAAGUUUGUUAAAAGACGGCAGAGGUUGAUUGGACCAAACGGUUGUACCUUAAAGUCCAUAGAAUUGUUAACAAACUGUUACGUUCUUGUGCAGGGUCAGACAGUAUCUGCUCUGGGGCCUUACAAAGGAUUGCAGCAAGUUAGAAAGAUAGUGGAAGAUACCAUGAAAAACGUUCAUCCGAUUUACAAUAUCAAAGCACUCAUGAUUAAAAGAGAACUGGCCAAAGACCCGAAACUAAAAAAUGAGAAUUGGGAGAGGUUUUUGCCUAAGUUUGUUAGUAAGAACAUCAGCAAACGCAAACAGCCCAAAAAGAAGAAGGAAAAGAAGCCUUACACUCCGUUCCCGCCACCUCAACAAGAAAGAAAGGUGGACAAGGAACUCGCCACUGGUGAAUAUUUCCUUAGCAAAGAGCAGAAACGUGUGAAGAAACAGAAAGAAAAAGACGAGAAACACGCCGAAGCCGCUAAGAAGAGGACAGAGAAAAGGAAUGAGGCUUUCGUACCACCAGAGGAACCCAGUACUUCGAAAAAAGAAGCUGAUAUUGGAGUGGACGUAGUAGCAUUGAAGGAAAAGAUAUUAAAAGCUAGAAAAGGGUCUAAAUUAUUUAACAAAAGCAAUGUUUAAUUAUGUAACAGUCAAAAUAAAUAUAGAAUUUUUUGAAA